GACAUCGGCCUGCGGCGGUCGCACUGGCGCAGCCCCGGCUUGCAGAAUGUUGGUGACCGAAAAUUAUUGGUUGGCGCCAGAAAAUCUUCAGCAACAUGGUGCUACCGAGAGGGACCUGGAAGCUUUUUCCAUGGCAAACAGCGCUUCUUGUAUGCGUGGGUGUUUGAAGCUCCCGUGCUAUGGGACACGCCUGCACCGUACAAACAAUCGCCAAGCGUGCGUUGGACCGUUUUGGAAGCCGCAGCCCCAUCUCGGUCAGUGGCCGCGCCGAGUUCUUCGGAGAAUGAGCUGGAGAGAGGAGUGGAGCCGCGCUCCGCCUUGGUCCUCUACAACACCACGCUCAACCGCGCGGAAGGAAUGCUGCAUGUCCUGGACGUCCAGGAAUUCGCCUCAGUCCAGGCAGCGGAGGAGUACGUCUGCAAGCAGAAAUGGUACUGCGCAUGCAUGCCGCGCGGCAAAGGACCCAUUUAUGUGCUCCAAGUGCAGGCGGAAAGCUGGUUGCAACCGGUGCCCGGGACCUUGCAGACGCGAGCACUCCGUCCAGCGGCCUGCAAUAUCCAAACAAUGCGCAGCCGCCGGCCCACGCAAAGCCUGGCCGACACAGCCUUACAGGGAGCAGCGCCGGCCAUGUCCUUGUAUGCUUCUUGCCAACACUUCGUGGACAGGUUAUGCGUGGAGGAUGUCAAGAAGCUGCAAGCAAACCUGGCUCUUCUGGAUGACUGGAUG